AUGUCGCGUCGCAUGAAGCUGACAGCUUCUAUAGCUAUUAGCGAUGACGAGAUGUCCGACGCCGGCGGCGAAAUCGCUAUCCCGCUCAAAGAGAAGCGCGCAAAGAGCCGAUCCGCAGAAUACCGAGACGAUGUCAGCGAAGCCAAGAGCGAAGAAGACAUUCCCAUCAUCUCCGGCGACCUGAACGGCAACGCCACCAAGCCUGCCAAAGCUGCUAAGGUAGCCGCUGUCGUGGCCGAUGAGGAGGACGAGGAAGGCGACGAAGACGACGAUUUGGAGGCUGAUGAAUACGUUGUCGAGAAGAUCCUUGACCAUGUGGGCACUGUGAACUUCCGUGUCAAAUGGGAAGGUUACUCUAAGAAAUCAGACCAGACCUGGGAGCCGGAAGACAGCCUGAAGGAAGGCGCAUCAGAGAUCUUGGAAGAAUACCUUAAGAAGCUCGGUGGGCGUGAGGCGCUGUUUGAGGAGAAGACCAAGGCCAAGACCACGAAGAAGCGCGGCCGCCCCAGUGCUUCGUCGUCUACACCGCCGGCGAGCAGCAAGAGGGGCAAGCGUAAUGGUCACCCCGCCGAAUCUACUCCUCCCGCGUCAGUAAAGGAGGCUAAAGCGAAGGCCUGGACGCUGCCCAGCGGCAGCUGGGAGGAUGACGUCGAGUCGAUCGAUGCCUGCGAGGACGAAGAGUCAGGCUCCAUCAUCAUCUAUCUCAAUUGGCGAAACGGCCAGAAGACUAAGCAUCCCAAGGAGGUAGUGUAUAAGAGAUGUCCCCAAAAGAUGCUGCAAUUUUACGAAAAGCACAUUCGCAUCAUCAAGGCGGGACCCGACGCCGAUCCUACGGACCUUGAUACCGCGCCCGAAGCCAAGAUGUAG